CAUCCGUUUAGUAUCACCGUCUGCUACAAAAGAAAAUUAAAAGAUAUUGUAGUCUGAGCUCUAAAGGAACUGUAUCUUGAAGAUCAAUCAUGUGUCAGAACAAACAACAAGAAAAUUUAUAUACAAUAAAGAACAAUCCCACUUGGUUUGACCUUAACAUUCACAAAAAAUCUCUUACUUAUAAGUACUCAGCUCAUAAUCCAACAUUAUGCAAAACUUGAUCAUUAACAUUUGGUUUAAGUAAACAAACAAAAAUGGUUUUAGAACCAAACUUCGUUCUCUCAUGGGUCUUCUUAUGCAUAGCUGCAACAAUCUCCAGCACACUUUUCUUCUUCCGCAAGAAACAUCACCGAUUCAUAACAAAGAAGAUUCAGAAGAAAAAGAAGCUUCUUCCUGGAGAAAUGGGGCUUCCAUGGAUUGGUGAAACAAUGGAUUUCUACAAAGCUCAGAAAAGCAACAGAGUUUUUGAGGAUUUUGUAAAUCCAAGGAUCAUCAAACAUGGGAACAUCUUCAAGACAAGAAUCAUGGGAUCACCAACAAUAGUAGUCAAUGGAGCUGAAGCCAAUAGGCUCAUAUUAUCCAACGAGUUUAGCUUGGUGGUGAGCUCGUGGCCUUCAUCUUCUGUUCAACUAAUGGGCAUGAACUGCAUCAUGGCUAAACAAGGCGAGAAGCAUCGGGUCCUCAGAGGGAUUGUAGCUAAUAGUCUUAGCUACAUUGGGUUAGAGUCCUUAAUACCUAAGCUCUGUGAUACCGUUAAGUUUCAUCAUGAAACCGAAUGGCGAGGCAAGGAAGAGAUUAGCCUCUACCGUUCGGCAAAAGUUCUCACUUUCACUGUAGUAUUUGAGUGUUUGUAUGGGAUAAAAGUGGAGAUUGGGAUGUUAGAGGUCUUUGAGAGGGUUUUAGAAGGUGUUUUCGCUUUGCCGGUUGAGUUUCCUUGUUCUAAGUUUGCUAGAGCAAAGAAAGCAAGGCUAGAGAUAGAGACAUUUCUAGUUGGGAAGGUCAGGGAGAAGCGAAGAGAAAUGGAAAAAGAGGGAGCUGAGAAGCCAAACACAACGCUUUUCUCGAGGCUAGUAGAAGAGUUGAUCAAAGGUGUGAUAACCGAAGAAGAGGUUGUAGAUAAUAUGGUUUUGCUAGUGUUUGCAGCUCAUGACACAACCUCUUACGCCAUGUCCAUGACUUUCAAGAUGUUAGCUCAGCACCCAACUUGUCGUGACACUCUCCUUCAAGAACAUGCUCAAAUAAAAGCAAACAAAGGGGAAGGAGAAUAUCUUACAGUGGAAGAUGUGAAAAAGAUGAAGUAUAGUUGGCAAGUUGUUCGUGAAACAAUGCGAUUAUCCCCUCCAAUCUUCGGUUCUUUCAGAAAAGCAGUGGCUGAUAUUGACUAUGGAGGAUACACAAUCCCCAAAGGCUGGAAGGUUUAACACAUCCAUCUCUUAAGAUUCUUCAGCUUCUAAUCAAAACUCUAUUUCUUUGAAGAAAUACUAAUAAAUAAACCUCUGCUUCUUUGUUUGAAUGCAGAUACUCUGGACCACUUAUGGAACUCAUUAUAAUCCUGAAAUAUUUCAAGAUCCAAUGAGUUUUGAUCCAACAAGAUUUGAUAAGCCAAUACAGGCAUAUACAUAUCUACCAUUUGGAGGUGGACCAAGGCUUUGUGCAGGUCACCAACUAGCCAAAAUCAGCAUUCUCGUUUUCAUGCAUUUUGUUGUGACAGGUUUUGACUGGUCCUUAGUCUACCCAGAUGAGACAAUUAGCAUGGAUCCUCUCCCAUUUCCGUCCCUUGGAAUGCCAAUCAAAAUUUCUCCCAAGGUGUCAUAGAAUAGAGUCAUGAGUAUGUUGUAGCUACCUGUAUGUAUGCAAUAUUCAGAGUCCUAGACUUGUAUUGACUAGAAAAGAAACAAAUGAGACCGAAUGAUUUCAUAACAUUUUCCCUGUAACUAGCACAAGUACCAUGUGUAUGUAUAAAUCAUAGUGAAAAGAAGUACUAGGUGUUGUUGUCUUGUCUGACGUGUUUUCUCUUAUAACCCUGUUUAUAAAGUUGCUCAUGUCUUGUU